GGUAUUUAAAGCGCGCGCAGCAGCAGCAACACGUUCAGACCAGGACACCGCGCGCGCAGAGGCAACAGACCCUCGACCCUGAGAGCAAACAUGCCGAGGUCAUUUUUAGUGAAGAGCAAACGUGCUCACAGCUACCACCAACCUCGCAGCCUGGAGGAUGACUACAUCCGACUUGACGCUCUACUGACACACACCUACACAGAGCUCCAGGCCGAGUCUGACUGCUGUGAGGACGUGAAUAAAAGUGCAGGUCGAUGCUCACCUGAGGGCAGCGCGGUGUGUACGGCCGAACAUAAAGCUCAACACUCUCCGCUCAGCUGUGAGGGAAGUGUGUGUGAUCCUCCAGCCGAGUACGAGGACGCUGUGUGGAGACCCAGAUCGCCGUCUUCUUCUCCAGAUGUGGAUGAAUAUCCCUUAUCGUCACCGGAUGAUAUCCAACCUUUCGACCUGACCUUCCGCCCCUGUGCCUGGACACAUAGCCGCUCGGAGCUCAGGCGCCUGGUUAGACCGUUUCAGCGGAGUCACGUGACACGUGAGACGCCAUCGAUCGGCGUUUACGGCUCCACAGAGAGGCUCGCCGAGGCCUUUUUCUCCAAUCAGUCCCCGUUCAGAGGAUUUUCUCAGGAGGAGUACAGCUCACUGGCUACAGAUCUGCUGAAGAGCCGCACACGAGGAUAUUACGCCGAUUUCAAGCCCAUCCCUGAGAACGCUGAGAUCAAAUCGCAUUCUGAUGUCUUGUGCACACGACUGCAAAUUAACGGCUCUUACAAGUGUGUCAAGUGCACUAAGGUGUUUUCUACGCCUCAUGGCUUAGAGGUCCACGCCCGGCGCUCACACAGCGGCACGAGGCCUUUCGCCUGUGAGCUGUGCGGGAAAACGUUCGGUCACGCCGUCAGUCUGGAACAACACAAAGUCGUCCACUCGCAAGAGAGGAUUUUUAGCUGCAAAAUCUGCGGAAAAAGCUUCAAGAGGUCGUCUACUCUGUCCACACACCUGCUGAUCCACUCGGACACGCGGCCGUACCCCUGCCAAUACUGCGGCAAGAGAUUCCACCAGAAAUCCGACAUGAAGAAACACACGUUCAUCCACACAGGAGAAAAGCCGCACAAAUGCCAAGUGUGUGGAAAAGCGUUCAGUCAGAGCUCUAACCUUAUCACACACAGCCGGAAACACACCGGCUUCAAGCCGUUCGGCUGCGACUCGUGCGGCAAAGGCUUCCAGCGCAAAGUGGACUUGAGGAGACACCGAGAAACGCAGCACGGCCUGAAAUAAGAGACGCUUCCUUUUAAAAUCAGAAUAUAAUUCAUAUUCUUUAUAUAAAAACACUAUAAAGAGCAUCAGUUAAUACUAAACAGACUUUCUUUAUUGACUUUUAUUAUUAACUAAACUUUAUGCGAAUUUACGGUUAUUUAUAAAAUCUUGUGUUUGAAUGUUUACUUUUAGGUCCAUGUGGACAUUUUUUUAAUUCCGUUUGUGGAUAAAUAAAAGUUUUUCCUGAAUUCCCGCUCCUUUAUUUUUACACUGUUUACACGCUCAAAAAACUUGAUGGUGUUAAAAUGUGGAGUUAAAGCAGGAAACAGUAAAAAGUGUGUUUGUGAAACACUGGUCUAGCUUUAUGUAUUUAUUACCAGUGAGGUAAGAGGAACCUCGACCUUUCACAGCUGCUUAUAAAGCAAACUUUCUCAUACGAUUUGUUAUCUGUGAGCAGAAAGUUCCGGAGUUUGGUUCACAAUUCUGCAGAACAGAUUUAGUCAUUUCCUACACACACCAUACUGAGCACUAGCUUCUCUUUUUCACCUUCUUUCUCUCGUUGUUUGUUUAAUUAAAACAAUUUCACAGAUUUUUCUGAAAAAAGAACCAGAGGUCUUGAUUUUGUCUGCUAGUUUCAGUAAUAAAUUGUUCUGCCUUUCUUAAAGUUGCC